AGCGCUGAAAAGGUUAACAGCUUUCCUUCUAGUAGGUGAUGUCAUGACUGAUACAAGCAUUUAAAGCACAAAGGAUUCUGGGAACUGUAGUUUGUAGACCUUCCCAUCCGUUUUCGUGCCUUCUUGCUUUAAGGUUGCUUUUUAACCCAAUUAGUUUCUUCUGAAUUUUCCCUGCAUUAUUUGGCGCAGCAGGUUGUAUAAACGGAAUUCUUCACGGAAUCAAGAUGUGGCUGGUGAAUUGGAAGGUACUGGAAAAUUUUCCAUUGCUGAUGUACAUUUUAGCUGCCAAAACAUUAAUUCUUUGCUUAGCAUUUGCUGGGGUAAAAAUGUACCAGAGAAAAAGGCUAGAAGAAAAAAUCAAAAAAGAAGAGGAAGAAAGGCUGAAAGGGGCAGGCAAGAAAGAAAACUGAAGGAUUUUCCAAAGUUUUUUAGGCACUUGGCAGCUUACUUGGAUUCAUAUCCAUGGAGAGUUGAAGACUUUCUUCUGUGCCAGAGAAAUUAAUUUCUCAAGAGCAUCAAUUAUUUAAACCAACAUUGUCUUGAAUUAUUAUUAUUAUUUGUAUGAGUAAGAAGAAUAUUUUGUCACCGCUUUAUACAAUAAAAACUCUCUUUGUAAA